AAACUAUGAAGAAGAAUUGGCUGCAGUUUAUCCUCUAUCACGAAAGGAAACAUGGCGGCCGAAGUUGGUGGAAAAAAGUAUGGACUGAUCAUCUCCAACAAAAACUCGAAAGCUACUGCGGCAAUCAGAGGUCGACCUUCAAUAUUUGGUGAUGACAGUGAUGAUGAGAGCAAGCCUAAGUUGGCGCCUUUGAAAAAGGCUUCUGGUGAUGCCAGAGUCAAGAAGCAGACAAAGCUUGAGAUUGAGAAGGCCUUGGCAGAUGAUCCAUCAGUCUAUGAAUAUGACAACAUCUAUGACAAACUGAAGCAAGAUGAGGCAGCAAAGUUCACCAAAGCUAAGGAGAUACAAAAAGAUAAUAAAAAUAAGCCUAAGUACAUGCAGCAGUUAUUGAAGUCAGCAGAGUUGCGUAAGAAAGAACAAGAGCGCAGAACCCAGAAGAAAGUGCAGAAGGAGAGAGAACAAGAGGGCGAUGAAUUUAAGGAUAAGGAGGCAUUCGUGACCUCGGCUUAUAAGAAGAAGUUGCAAGAGAUGAAGGAGGCUGAGGAGAAGGAGAAGCUGGCACAAGAGAUGGAAGAAAAGCUAGACGUGAAGAACCAGAAGGAUAUGAGUGGAUUCCAUCGCCAUUUGCUGAAACAGAUGACAGGGGAGGAGCCAGUGCCAUCUGUUGUCAAAGAGGAGCCGAAAGAAAGUGAAACGAAGGUGAAAGUUGAAGGAGAUGAUGAUAGAUCGAAACACAGGGAUCGGAGUGUAGACGAUAAAGGCAGAAGACAUGAAGAGAGGGAGAAACACCAGGACAGAGAUGAUUCGGAUAGAAAGAGGGAAAAACACAAAGACUAUGAUAAAAAGAGGAAUGGGGAUGAUAAAUACAGGGACUUUGAUAGGUCGCGGGAUAGGGAGGACAGGCACAGGGAUGAUAGAAAUAGAGAUAGGGGUGAUAAGCAUAAGGAGGACAGACACAGGGACAGUCAUGAGAAAUCAAGGGGUCGGAAUGAAAAAUAUCCGGAUGAGAGACACCGAGAUGAUAGCGAGGAUAAACGUAGGGGUGGGGAUGAAAGACGUAGAGAUAGGGAUGAAAAACACAGGGAUCGAGAUGAAAAACAUAGAGAUGUUGACAGAAAUAAGGAGGAAAAACGGAAAGAAAAAUACAGGGACUCUGAAAAACACUCAGAUCGUGAUGAAAUGCGUAGGGAUGUAUAUAGAGAUAGGGAUGAAAAGGGUAAGCACAGGGACAGAGAGGGAAAGCACAGGGACAGUGAUCGAGAUCGAGGGGAGAAGCACAGGGGUGCUGAUGGAAUUCCAGAGGAGAAACAUCGAAAUAAGGACAAGGCAAAGCAUAAGAAGGAUUCUGAAUGUGAAAAAGACGGCGAUACUGGUGAGGACAUAUCUGAGGGAAAAGCUAAUGACAUUAGAACAGAUGUGAAAAAAAGAAACUUUUCAGAUUUAGACCGAGAUGAUAGUUCAGAUGAAGACAGUCCACUGCCAAAACCUCCAUCCAACUCCCAUGAGGAGCCUCCAAAAACUGAUCCUCUGAAAAAGUAUGCUAAGAGGAACACUGGGCAGAGUAUCAGUGAUGCAAAGGCGAGAUAUCUGGCUCGGAAACAGGCAAGGGCUCAAGAUGCCACUGAUUAAAUUUUCACUUAAUCUUAAGAUGAAUCAGUUUUUACAAUAUUUUACGACAUUUGGAAGAAUGGCACUCAGUUCAGUGUAUUACUUCAGUUAAGACAUUCAGGUUUCGAAAUCAAAUGGCAUUCCAUGUUUUGGCAUUAUUCUGUUCCAUAAAUAUGUAAUUCCCCGACCGAUUAUGAUAUAUAAUUCUUUGAAUAUAUUGAUGAAUUUGAAAUAAGAGGAUAAUUAUAUUGAGCUAUACUUGUAUGCGCUGGUCAAGUAUUUAAACUGUACAUUGCCCACGCAGUUUAGUGGAGAUGGCUAUUUCUACAGUAAUCUAGAGCUUCCUCCUUUUAGUUUCUUUUACAAUGUACCAUAUGUUCUAGGUAACGAAAUUUAGUGAACUUAUUUUGAGGUGAAAUUACUUUUCCCAUGGGAGAGCUUUCAAUUUUGUUCAUUUUGUCCCUAAGAUUGGGACAAACUCAUGGAAUCAUGCUAACAGAGAAGUCUGUUUUGAGUUAGUUUUAACCUCCUUAUUUCUUCUACUGCCGGUCAAGAGAGAGUACUUUUCAGAAGAAAAAUUAAAACUUUGUAAA